AUGAAGUUCAGCAUGGUCCAACUCCUAGCCGCGGUGGUGGUGGUGAUGAGCGUGUGUCUGCUGCGGGAAGCCGUGGCGCACUCCAUCCACCGCCCGCUCAGCGCCCCACUGCACAGCGCGGACACCGACUCCAUGGUGCAGCUGGUGGCUCAACAUGCGCAAAGUUCUGACAAUGAUACUGACACUAAACUGAUGCCAGACAUCGAUACUAAAAAGAACCACAGGGACAUCUGCUGCCUGCAUGCUAACAUCCUGGACUUCUACCUGAGUAACAUCCUGACCACUAAGGAGAAGCAGGACAAGCAUCAUCCUAAACUCCCUGCCCUGAAGGAAGACCUGGCCCGAGUCAGCAGAGACCUGGAGGAACAUGGCUGUGCUAUUAAACAUUACAAUGAUCACCACCACAGCAAAGCUUUCCGCAAGAAGUUGUCCGAGAUGGAUGCGGGGAAAGGGAUGAAGAAAGCUAUUGGAGAGAUUGACAUCCUCUUCACCUUCCUGAAAGACUUCUGCGUGCACGCCUAG